CAACUAUGGCAGGGCCGCAAUAAAAUAAAAAAUAAAAAAAAUCUUAAAAGUUUUUUUUAAAAAUCGAACAGUCAAACUCCCUCAUCUUCAAUUUAAUUAGAACUUAUUAGUCUCGAUUUCAAACACUGUAGUAAGAAUCUCUCAGCUAUGGCUCCUCUGUCAAGAAAUCAAGGUGAGCACUCAAAGGAGAGCAUGAGUUCGGAUGUUGGAUUGCCAGCGUUGGAUAUCUCUGCUGCUUUCCCGCAGGCGACGCCGGCUUCAGUUUUCCCUCAGCUGGUAUCAGACUACUAUCAACUUGAUGAUCUGUUAAGCUCUGAGGAGAAGGCUUUGAGGAAAAGAGUUCGAGAGGUCAUGGAGAAAGAAAUCGCUCCCAUUAUGACAGAGUACUGGGAGAAGGCAGAGUUCCCUUUUCAAGCCAUUCCUAAGCUUUCUAGCCUCCAAGUUUCUGGUGGUACCAUAAAGGGUUAUGGGUGUCCAGGCCUCUCUGUUACUGGAAGUGCUAUUGCUAUUGCUGAAAUAGCCAGGGUUGAUGCAAGUUGCUCUACUUUUAUUUUGGUGCACUCUUCUGCGGCAAUGCUUACAAUUGCAUUAUGUGGAUCUGAGGAACAAAAACGAAAAUACUUGCCGUCAUUAGCUCAACUAAGUACAGUUUCUUGCUGGGCUUUAACUGAACCGGAUUAUGGAAGUGAUGCCAGUUCUUUGAGGACCACUGCAACAAAGGUAGCUGGAGGUUGGUUGUUAGAUGGCCAAAAACGUUGGAUAGGAAACAGCACUUUUGCUGAUGUACUGAUAAUUUUUGCUCGCAACACAAACACAAACGAGAUAAAUGGAUUCAUUGUAAAGAAGGGUACCCCUGGUUUGAAGGUAACAAAGAUUGAGAACAAAAUUGGAUUGAGGAUUGUUCAGAAUGGGGAUAUUCUCAUGAACAAAGUGUUUGUCCCAGAGGAAGACAGGCUUCCUGGUGUCAAUUCGUUCCAAGAUACGAACAAGGUGCUUGCUGUCUCACGUAUCAUGGUUUCAUGGCAACCCAUUGGCAUUGUAAUGGGGGUAUUUGACAUCUGCCACCGGUAUUUGAAAGAGAGAAAGCAAUUUGGAGCUCCUUUAGCUUCUUUCCAGAUUAACCAAGAGAAACUUGUUCGUAUGCUUGGCAAUAUUCAAGCAAUGCUUCUUGUUGGUUGGCGCCUGUGCAAGUUGUAUGAAUCCGGGAAAAUGACUACUGGCCAUGCUAGCUUGGCAAAGGCAUGGAUAUCCUCACGCGCAAGGGAAACAGUUGCUUUAGGACGAGAAUUAAUGGGUGGAAAUGGAAUCUUGUCAGACUUCUUAGUGGCAAAGGCUUUCUGCGAUUUGGAACCGAUAUAUACAUACGAGGGAACCUACGAGAUCAAUAGCUUGGUAACUGCAAGGGAAAUUACUGGGAUCGCUAGCUUCAAACCUGCUGUGCUCAGUAAAGCAAGUCGACUUUAAUCUCACCGGUGGCAUGACAAUUUUGCAGGGUCAUACUUGGAUUGAUUUUUUGUAAUCAAUGGUAUUGAAGUUUACAGUAGAAACACAGCGACAAUUGGGAUGAAGUCAGAAAUAAAUUGAAAAUGGCAGAUCAUGUUUUGCUGCAAGUUGUUGUAACAAUGACCAUCUCCUUUGCUUAUUAUGCGUGUCCUGUAAAAGUAAUUCACAAAGUACUAUGUUACGUUUCAUGGAAAAAAUCACCCGUCUUGGUCUGGUUA